AUGGACCCUUUUCCUCCCAGAGAAUCGACUCUUUCGAGGAGAAAAAAGCAACAGCUGUUGCUGCUGAAUGCUGGGGAGAAUGGUGCUCGAACUCCAGGAAAUGCCAGCCCAAUGCGAGUGGGCACCCCAACCAAUACUCCUGAUGAAUCACAAUCCAAGAAGAAGAGAAGGAACAGCCCUUUAAAUCUUCACUUUGCUCCCAUCAAUACGCCCAUGAGCUACAGAUUGCAAACGCUAGGCUUGAUCUGGCACACGAUUUCCAUCCCUUUCUUCAUUUUCUUGUUCCUUUUCACGUUGUAUUUGGGAUGGGUAGUGUGGCUAGUGGUGAUCUUGCCAUAUUUCAUCUGGUGGUACGGAUUCGACUUGCAUACUCCUUCGAAUGGGAAGGCCCAGUACAGGUACAAGGACUGGGUAAGAAAUCUCAUUGUAUGGGAAUGGUUUGUUGGCUACUUCCCUAUCAAAGUCCAUAAAGCUUGUGAAUUGGAACCCACGUUCACCAAUAUUCCCUAUGAGGACAUCGCGGUACAGCCAGACGAUGAAGAGGAUCUUGUUUCUGAAAACUCUCGAACACUCCUUGAUAUUAUAUUCAAGAAAUUGGGCUUAAAGAAGAGAAUAAAUGUGAUUGAUUCUUACUCUCCUCCACCAUCCACACCGGGCACUGAUUCUCCCUCGCCGUCCGAUGCUACAAGUGCUUCUUCUUCAGCUAAUGUGACUCCGUCCACGUCCGUGAGGAAAUACAGAAAGGUUUCAACAGGACCAAGAUAUAUAUUUGGUUACCACCCUCAUGGGGUUAUUUCGAUGGGUGCUAUGGGUACUUUUGCAACAAAUGCCAUCAGAAACGAACCGUUUGAACCGCCAGUGAAAUUCCUUAAACCAUUCUUCCAUGACCCAACUGGAAAGCACAGGCUAUUGCCUAAUAUAGAAAAGAUCUUCCCUUUGACUUUGAGUACCCAAUUCACGUUACCUUUCUAUAGGGACUAUCUUUUGAGCUUGGGAUUGACCAGUGCUGCUGCUAAGAAUAUUAAAUCGUUGAUUAAUAAUGGGGACAACUCUGUAGUGAUUGUUGUAGGUGGGGCACAGGAGUCAUUGUUGAAUGACGUCGUAGCUUCAACUCACUCUGUCGGUAAUGGGUACUCUCCAAAUCAUGACGAGAUAGAGAAUAAAGGAGAAGAGGAUGAAGAGGAUCAAAAGGGUGAAAAGGAAGAAAAGGAUGAAAAGGAAAUAGAGAAUGAAAAGGAUGAAAAGGACGAAAAGGACGAAAAAGAUGACAAGGAUGCAAAGGAUGAAUCGAAGAAGAAGAUAUACAAAAAGGGCAGUAAGAAGGAGAAGGAAGUUCGGGAAAUCCGUCUUGUUUUAAACAAAAGAAAGGGAUUUGUGAAAAUCGCCAUAGAGUUGGGAAAUGUCAGCUUGGUCCCCAUUUUUGCAUUUGGUGAAGCAGACAUAUACAAUGUCAACAUCCCAGAAAAAGGGACUUGGGGGGAUAUAUUCCAAACUUGGAUGAAGAAAGUUUUUAGUUUCACAGUACCCUUUUUCAGUGCUAGGGGAGUAUUCAUAUAUGACUUUGGUUUCUUGCCCUACAGGCACCCAAUAAACUUAUGCAUGGGUAGGCCAAUCAACAUACCGGCUGGGGCUCUACAGGAGUAUAAGUUAAAACAUCCAGACUGGGAUGCAGAUUCUACCACAAUUGUACCAGAAGCAUCAUUAGCUUCCAAGAAGAGCACUUCUUCUAGAAGCAAUUCAUUUUCUAACCUAUUCAAAUUAAACCAGAAGACUCCUCCAGUGAAAAAGACUCCAAAGAAGAUAAUCCCACCUGAAAUUUUGGACCAUUACCACAAAUUGUAUGUGGAUGAAUUGAAAAGAGUGUAUGAAGAGAAUAAGGACAAGUUUGGGUAUGGCGAUGUCAAGCUAAAUAUCGUGGAAUAG